CUCUACUGUUCUACUGGGUCUUGGCCUUUCUGAUGAAAACCAUCAAGUUUGCCAAGUACACGGAGCACGGCAUCGGCCUGAGACAACUCCGCUACUGCAUCACAGGACUCCUGGCCCUGCUGUACGGACUACUGCUGGCUGUGGAGAUCAACGUCAUACUGGGCAGGGUGAGCAGAAGUGUAUGUGAGAGGGGGAUGGUGUGUGUGUAUGUAUUUGUGUGCGCCUUUUUGUGUGCGUGUCAUCCUAGUGUGUGUGUGUGUGUGUGUGUGUGUACGUGCAUCUGUUUUCCUCUGUGUGUCUGGACAUCUCUAUCCUGUCUUUCCUCUGCUUCAAUCAGCUCUCCCCUCUUUCAGUUUAGCAUUUUGUAUGCUCCUGUAUAUUGGAUGUUAAGUAUUGCUGCCUACAGGUCUGUUUAUACAGUAGAUAGAAGACAGAAUGUGCUGGGUUGUUGUGAGUCAUACAAUCAGAGGUGUCAUGCCCAAAGGGGGCACAAGGAGACGUGCCACCUCAGAUUUGUCCUGUUUUUCAGAUGUUCAAUGAAUUACUAUUCUUUGUUUUAUCAUAAUUAUUUAUACAAAAAAUCUGUCAGCGGUAUGUAUGUUUGGAAAUGAAUUUGGUCAAGCUAUGUAGCUUAUUGAUUCCUUCUUGAUGAAUAAAUACAACAACAACCCCAAAAAAUCUCUGUAAUACAAACCAACUUACAGGGAUGUAGUUCAGGGGGGAUGUAGCUCGGCAGGGAUGUAGCUCAGUUGGUAGAGCAUGGCGUUUGCAACGCCAAGGUUGUGGGUUCGAUUACCAUGGGGGGCCAGUAUGAAAAAUAAAAAAAUAAUGCAUGCACUCACUAACUGUAAGUCUGCUAAAUGACAAAAAAAAAAAGAAAAAAUGAUGUUGGCUUUAGCUAGCCAGCUAAAUAGGUUCCCAAUCUCCCAACCUCAUAACUAGCUACCAAGAAGCCAUUUCAGUCUGUCAAACAAGUUAGAGUAGCUAGCUUGUCUAACUAUUUUAGCUGGCAUGCCUGCUGGCAAGGUUGCUAGACUUUAGAAAAGACACACGUUUUUUUAAUUCUUGAGUUAUAUAUACCAGUGUGGCAGUUGUACUAAGCUCCUAAGACAUAAAUGUUCUUAAAGAAUCAAUGUGCAUCAUUAUUAAAAUGACAAUUGAACAGGUAAACAGUUAUAUGCUGAGAUAUACAUAUUUUUGACAUAUAAUUAGAUUAUGGCUGUAGAUUGCAGGAAAAAGCUGUUUCAGGUAUUUGAAAAAUGCUAAAUUCUUCAACCUUGUGCCCCCUCUAAAAUAAUGGGUGCAUGACGCAACCGCAUACAAUCACCCGCUACUUAUCUCUAACUAUAAUAGGAUGUUUAUGAUGGACUUGUUUGCGUGGAUGUUUGAAUGAGGCAUCAUUUUAACCAGUGGGGGUUCUGUCUGGAGAUUUUCUCCUGAAAGAAUGAGGAUGUCUUGCUAUUAUGGUGAUCAGGCUUUCAAGCUUUUUGUUUGUGUUGGAUGACAACGACAUAUUCUUGAUGUGAGAAUGGUAUUCAUGCAAAUGUGUGUGCAUGCAGGUCAAUUCAUGUUCAUGUUUUGAGGCGUCAGUCAGGAUCUUCCCAUUCACAACAAUCACCUCUUCUCCUGGCACUAUCCCACCUGGUCUAUUUGUUCUCUUUAACAUCCCAUCUCGUGUCUGAGAGCAAUCAGGCUCUUGGCACUUGACAAUCAUUGGCAUUCUUCAUUGGUUUGUAUUGAUUAAGAUUGGGACUAAUCUCAGCACUUAUUCUAAUUACAGUUUCUAUUGAUGAUCACUAAUGGGCAAUUUUUCCAAUGCCUUCAUAAUGCCUUGGGCUUCUACCAGAGCCAACAAACACAGAGUAGUCUUUACACACAUUCCUGUUUUGAUAAAGGACUCUGUAAAGUGAGAGUGUGUAUGUUGCAUUGGCAACAUCUGCAGUCAGGAAAGACACAUCUGUUGGGUAAGAGUCCUCUGAGUCCCAAUUUACACUGAAUAAGUCUAUACAUAUACACUACAUGACCAAAAGUAUGUGGACACCCAGUCGUCGAACAUCUCAUUCCAAAAUCAUGGACAUUAAUAUGGAGUUGGUCCCCACUUUUCUGGGAAGGCUUUCCACUAGAUGUUGGAACAUUGCUGUGGUCACUUGCUUCCAUUCAGCCACAAGAGCAUUAGUAAGGUCGGGCACUGAUGUUGGGCGAUUAGGCCUGGCUUGCAGUCAGAGUUCCAAUUCAUCCCAAAGGUGUUUGAUGGGGUUGAGGUCAGGGGCUCUGUGCAGGCCAGUCAAGUUCUUCCACACCGAUCUAGACAAACCAUUAAUGUAUGGACCUCGCUUUGUGCACGGGACAUUGUCAUGCUGAAACAGGAAAGGGCCUUCCCCAAACUGUUGCUACAAAGUUGGAAGCACAGAAUUGUCUAGAAUGUCAUUUCCCUUCACUGGAACUAAGGGGCCUAGCGCGAACCAUGAAUCCUCCUCCACCAAACUUUACAGUUGGCAUUAUACAUUGGGACAGGUAGCGCUGUCCUGGCAUCCGCCAAACCCAGAUUCAUCCGUCGGACUGCCAGAUGGUGAAGCGUGAUUCAAUCACUCCAGAGAAUGCGUUUCCACUGCUCCAGAGUCCAAUGGCGGUGAUCUUUAUAUCACUCCAGCCGACGUUUGGCAUUGCACAUGGUGAUCUUAGGCUUGUGUGCGGCUGCUCGGCCAUGGAAACCCAUUUCAUGAAGCUCCCGACGAACAGUUAUUGUGCCGACGUUGCUUCCAGAGGCAGUUUCGAACUCAGUAGUGAGUGUUGCAACCGAGGACAGACAAUUUUUACAUGCUACGUGCUUCAGCACUCAGCGUUCCCGUUCUGUGAGCUUGUGUGGCCUACCACUUCGCGGCUGAGCCCUUGUUGCUCCUAGAUGUUUCCACUUCACAAUACCAGCACUUACAGUUGACCGAGGCAGCUCUAGCAGGGCAGACAUUUGACGAACUGACUUGUUUGAAAGAUGGCAUCCUAUGACGGUGCCACGUUGAAAGUCACUGAGCUCUUCAGUAAGGCCAUUCUACUGCCAGUGUUUGUCUAUGGAGAUUGCAUGGCUGUGUGCUCGAUUUUAUACACCUGUCAGCAACAGGUGUGGCUGAAAUAGCCGACUCCACUAAUUUGAAGGGAUGUCCACAUACUUUUGUAUAUAUAGUAUAUGCAAGCUUGCCUAACUUGGUAACUGUGAGAAGACAAAAAAGCCCUUUUUACCAUACUGGAAGAGGUCUUUGUUGUUGGUGCAGAUAGUAUGUUUUUGUGUUACAGGGUUGGAAGUAGUCUAGUAGUCUGUAGGAACUAUUUCAGCUUUUAUUUUCAUUGUUUUUUAUUUGUUUUUUCCUGUAAAGCACAUUGCGUUGCAUUCCAUGUCUGAAAUGCGCAUAUUUUAUUUAUGCCGAUUUUAGAAUAUUCGCAUGAAAAUCUGUCGCCAAUUGAAUGGAAACCUAGCUAGUGAUACCCUUUAGAAAGUGGUAAUUAUUUCUGCAGAUAUAAAUUAAACAGUGUGAAACUAUACCCUCAGAUGUACUGACAAGAUGCAGUAAUGAUUGCCAUGUCCUGUCUAUUGAAAAGGUUUUGGUUAGACAUUUAGAUGUGAGUUUAGAAAAUAAAAAAAGUAACUUUACGUUUAAAGCUGAGAUCCGCAUUAGAGGAAACAGUGCCACUAGCCGCUCCAGGCGUAUUUGUUAUUCUUUUUGUUUUGUUUAUUAAAUGGAGAAGAGGAGCUCCAGCUUCGUGGUAAAAAACUAUUGUAGUACAUACUCAAAUCAAAUCAAAUCAAAUUGUAUUUGUCACAUGCGCCGAAUACAACCAGUGUAGACCUUACAGUGAAAUGCUUACUUAAAAGCCCUUAACCAACAAUGCAGUUUGAAGAAACUCUGGUGUUCUAUCGCGCGUGCAAUGAUGUGCAGUGAUGUCCGGGGGGUAACGUCUCUGUUGUUGUAAUAUCACAAAUGGACCUGGCAGUUUUCACCGCUAUGGAUUCCAACUUUAAGAAAUAUUUUAAGAAACACUUUAUUUUUUAAGUUUCUGUUUUACCUGGUGGGCCUAUUCUCUGUAAGUGUUUGGAGGUUAUGUGUCUAUGCUGUAAUUCUUCAGUAACCUAGUUUCCCCCAAGCUGAGACUCUCACUGCUGAACUGAACUGACUCUGUUACAUUAGGGUUUCACUCUAAUUGUCGUCCCGUUUCAGUGCUCAGGGCACCAGAAGUGUGCCUCGUUGUUAGACCUAGUGCAGGCCAUAAUACUUCUCUUCAACAAAGCUCUAAAGUUGAAUAGCUCAAGUGAACACAAUUCAGGGUUUCUUAUUUCAGUGUAUGAUACAGGGAGGCUUUGCCAAUGCAUUGAUGCAUUUGCCAAGAAGUGACCAGGCAACCCAUAAUUGAAUACACAACAGAGCAAGCUUCCCUGUCAGAUACUCUACAUCACCCAUAUUUAUCAGACACCAUCCGUCAUAUCCAGUUGCUCACAGGCCAACAAGAUAAUCAUUAUCUCUCAAAAACUUGGCAGGGUUUGUGUUGCCGAAACUGGAUAUACGUUAGUGAAUAGUUGCGUAGGUCUUUCCGUUGUUCACAUUUGUGUUCAAAGUUCUGAAUAUAUGAAUGAUUGUGUCUCUCUCUUUUAGUGCAUUUUUUCUCACCAUACUUUCCUCCAUCUGUCUUUCGCUCGCUCUUCCCACUUAAUAACUCCUCUCUCCCGCUGUCUCUCCCCACAGCGCUACCUGUGUUUCACUGAGGCUACGGAGGUGAAACCCCCAGAGGACCUGCAGGACCUGGGGGUGAGGUUCCUGCAGCCCUUUGUCAACCUGCUGUCCAAGGCCACUUACUGGUGGAUGAACACCUUCAUCACGGCAGCCCACCGCCGCCCCAUCGACCUCAAGGUCAUCGGCAAACUGCCCAUCGCCAUGCGAGCCCUCACCAACUAUCUGAAGCUCCGCAAGGCUUUCGAGAGUCAGAGGGUAAAGGUAGUAAUACCGAGCAUGUGAGAGAAAGAGAGAGCGAGAGAGAGAGAGAGAAAGAGGGAGACGGCAGCAAGUGGGCUGUAAGUUACCUUAAAAACAAUGGUAAAAAAAGAUUACAGUAACAGUAUUGGAUACCGUUUACAGUAACUUACUGGCUGCCUGUAAGUUACCGUAAAAACAACAGGUAAUGUUUUCCAGUGUGGAUGAUUUUAGGCGUAGCUGGUAAAUGAUACCGUAAAUUCCAAAGAAACUUUGAUUUAAUAGUACAUUACUGUAAAGAAGUUAUAAUAAAAAAUAAAGUAAAUAAUAAUAAAAUAGAGGUAAAAAAAAAAGUGUUGUAUUUUGAAUAGUUUUGUAAGAAUACAGUUUUCUACGGUAUUUUUGGAGCGGCAAAAACCUUUUGACCAUUAGUGGCUGCAUGGUAUUGUUAUUUCUGGCUCAAGUAGACAGACGACGUAAACAUAAAUGGUACCAUAGAUCUGUCAAUGGGAUGCGUGAGACCAAAGGACAGAUUUCCACCGGUCUAAUGUCCAUUGCUCGUGUUUCUUGGCCCAAGCAAGUCUCUUCUUAUUAUUGGUGUCCUUUAGUAGUGGUUUCUUUGCAGCAAUUCGACCAUGAAGGCCUGAUUCACACAGUCUCCUCUGAACAGUUGAUGUUGAGAUGUGUCUGUUACUUGAACUCUGUGAAGCAUUUAUUUGGGCUGCAAUCUGAGGUGCAGUUAACUCUAAUGAACUUAUCCUCUGCAGCAGAGGUAACUCUGGGUCUUCCUUUCCUGUGGCGGUCCUCAUGAGAGCCAGUUUCAUCAUAGCGCUUGAUGGUUUUUGCGACUGCACUUGAAGAAACGUUCAAAGUUCUUGAAAAUUUCCAGAUUGACUGACGUUUCUCUUUGCUUAUUUGAGCAGUUCUUGCCAUAAUAUGGACUUGGUAUCUUACCAAAUAGUGCUAUCUUCUGUAUACCCCAACCCCCACCUUGCCACAACACAACUGAUUGGCUCAAACACAUUAACAAGGAUAGAAAUUCCACAAAUUAACUUUUAAGAAGCACACCUGUUAAUUGAAAUGCAUUCCAGGUGACUACCUUAUUAAGCUGGUUGCAAGAAUGCCAAGAGUGUGCAAAGCUGUCAUCAAGGCAAAGCGUGGCUACUUUGAAGAAUCUAAAAUCUAAAAUAUAUUUUCAUUUGUUUAAGACUUUUUUUGGUUACUACAUGAUUCCAUAUGUGUUAUUUUAUAGUUUUGAUGUCUUCAAUAUUAUUCUACAAUGUAGAAAAUAGGGAAAAUAAAGAAAAACAUUGAAUGAGUAGGUGUGUCCAAACUUUUGACUGGUACUGUAUAUUUGAUAUGCUGUAAUAUGAAAACACAUUACCUAGCAGCCAAUCUGCUUGCACCAAUCCCAUGUAAUUACAGUAAAAUACUGUAAAAUGCAAACCCCACUUCCCUUCAAUUAAUUUAAUUAAUUACAAUUACAGUAGCAUUUACUUAUUUAUAGUAUUAUACAGUAAAUGUAACAGUAAUGUAAUGUUUGUCAUUGCUCUGAUUUUACAGUAACUUACUGACAGCCAGUUACUUGUUAGUUACCGUAAAACAACGGUACCAAAUAUUACAGUAUAUAUUACAAUAUUACAGGAUUCUUUAUUUUUUUACAGUGCAGGGGAUUAGCUUGGAUGUUCCACACAGCGACAAAUUAAGACAGUAUGAAGUGUUUAUAUAAGAACAGUUUGCACAGUAUGUUUUGGUUGAUUUUGAUGUUUCUUUUGAAGCAUGACAUAUUCUGUUUGUAUUGCUUUUUUUUAGCUUGCGUCAAUGCAGCUUGCCUAGUUGGAUUAUGUAAAGAAAAUGGGAAUAGGAAUAAUUAAAAAGCAUCGAUUUAAUUUUUUCUCCAAUGGCCUGUGGUGAUUUGACUGCAUGCAUCCGUAAAACUGAGAUGGAUUUCAAAUAGAUGAUUUUCCUCUAUAGUUAACACUGAACUGAUUAAUCCCCACUCUCUCACACACACACACACACACACAUCCAACAUUCCGGUUCCCUUACUGUGUGUGACUGUCCAGUUUCACAGGAAAUAAGAUCAUGUAACUUGUCAAGCCAUAUCUGGUAACUCUGCAGGCUAAAUAAUGUUAUUUUGCUUAUACGUUGCUUUGUUGAUUUAAAACGAACGGACUCUGUGAAACUUGAGACUUUAAUCAUCACACAGAGUAGCAGAGGGACAAACCCCGUCGCCACACACACACACACACCUCCCACUUGCUUCCCAUGAAAAGUCUAGUUCUUUCACCCUGCGAGGGGUCAAAAAGUCGCAGUGUUCACAGUAGAAUGAGAAUGACCUUUCCCCUCUUAGUUUUUUAGUCCUCUUUUCCCCUCCUUCAUCUAUCUACUUCAUCCCUCCAUCUCUCUCAUCCUUCUCUCCUCCCGGAAGGAAGUGUGGCUGCGGACGCACAAGCAGCCGAGACUGUCUCAUUGACCUCAGAGUCCAGUGUGCACUGGAAAACCCUGACCCCCGAUGUAACUUUUGAUCCUUGACCUCUGUCCCCUGCCACGUGUUGUUGUGUCUCACUGAGAGAGAACACCGUCUGACCAACUCUCGUUAUCUCUCUCAGAACCAUCUUCUUGAUCCUAACCAGUCAGGCUUCAAGGUGACUCACUCAACUGAGACCGCUCUCCUCUGGGUCACAGAGGCUCUCCGCUCUGCCAAAGCUGACUCUCAUCCCUUUGUUCUCAUCCUCCUAGACAUAUCUGCUGCAUUUGACACCGUGAACCAUCAGAUCCUCCUCUCCACCCUUUCAGGGUUGGGCGUCUCAGGCUCUGCACACUCCUGUAUUGCAUCCUACCUGGCAAGUCGCUCCCACCAGGUGGCGUGGAGAGGAUCUGUGUCUGCACCAUGUACUCUCACUACUGGUGUCCCCCAGGGCUCAGUUCUAGGCACUCUCCUCUUUUCUCUUUACACGAAGUCGCUCGGCUCUGUCAUAUCCUCACAUGGUCUCUCCAAUCAUUGCUAUGCGGAUGACACUCAACUACUCUUCUUCUUACCCCCUUCUGACACCCAGGUGGCGACACGCAUCUCUGCAUGCCUGGCAGAUAUCUCCACUUGGAUGUCGACCCACCACCUCAAGCUCAACCUCAACCUCGACUAAACGGAGCUGCUCUUCCUCCAGGGAAAGGCCUGCCCGCUUCAAGACCUCUCCAUCAUGCUUGACAACUCCACAUUGUCCAUCUCCCAGAGUUCAAAAAACCUUGGUGUGACCCUGGACAACACCCUGUCGUUCUCUGCAAACAUCAGUGACUCCCUCGUGCAGGUUCAUGCUCUACAACAUCCGUAGAGUACGACCUUUCCUCACACAGGAAGCGGCACAGGUCCUAAUCCAGGCACUUGUAACCGUCUAGACUACUGCAACUCUCUGUUGGCUGGGCUCCCCGCUUGUGCCAUCAUACCCCUGCAAUUUAUCCAGAAUGCCGCAGCCCACCUGAUGUUCAACCUUCCUAAGUUCUCCCAUGUCACCCCUGCUACUUUGCACCUCCUUACCUUCAGGCUUUGCUCAAACCCUACAUCUCAACCUGAGCACUCUGUUCCGCCGCCUCUGUUCUCUUGGCCCUCCCACCCCUACGGGAGGGAAGCUCCUGCUCAGCCCAGUCCAAGCUCUUCUCUGUCCUGGCACCCCAAUGGUGGAACAGGCUUCCCCCUAAAGUCAGGGACAGCGGAGUCCAGGCCCGUCUUCCGAAAACGUCUGAAACCCUACCUCUUUGAAGAGUAUGUUAAAUAACUCUCACGACGCCUCCGACCCCCCCCCCCCCCCCCCCCCCCCCCCCAAAUGCACUUCUCUUUUCCCACUAGGACUGACUUUGUUCAUAAAUACUUUGUACUUGAUAUGAUUGUGAUGUGUUGUUGUCUCACCUAGCUAUCUUAAGAUGAAUGCAGUCGCUCUGGGGUGGGUUGAAACAAGUGUAGGGUUAAAACAAGCAUAUGGGUAUUUACACUACAGUACAGCACUAGGGUAUGAACAGAACAUAUACUCAUUGCUGUCUAACUAGAAACCAUAUGCAUAAAUACAUAUUUGGAUUUGGGUGUGAUGGGGCCCCAUGGAAAAUAGCCAUAGGGCCUGAUUUAUGAUGGUUAGUGUGUAAAGUGACAAAUCCUAUAUGAGCUAGAACGCAUGUAUGGCUUGGGACGUGACGUGUACAUUUGUAUCCAUGAAACUGGAAAGUCACACACACACCAAGUGAAAGUCGGAAGAACCAAAUUUGUUUAUUUGUUUAUUUAUGUAUCUGCCCCUGUGCUCUCUGCAUCAAAAAGCCUGACCAGAGGCUGCCUCCAAGCCAGGACCAUCACCCCCUAGAGAGGAGUGGGAAAGCCAGGACACACACACACACUUACACACGCACAUGUGCACACACAGACACACACACACACACAGACAGAGAGGCUGUUUGUGGCUUGUUUACUACUCUAGCCAGAGUAGCCAGAUGCUCUCUCUCUCUACACGGGCCCUGUGUAGCUCAGUUGGUAGAGCAUGGCGCUUGCAACGCCAGGGUUAUGGGUUCGAUUCCCACGGGGGGCCAGUAUGAAAAUAAUGCACUCACUAACUGUAAGUCGCUCUGGAUAAGAGCGUCUGCUAAAUGACGUAAAUGUAAAAUGAUCAUCAUAAACUCUAAAUGUGUAAACAUCACACAACGCAGUGGCAGUGGAAUAACUACAAUAAAUAGUUUCACAUUCAAAAUGUUUGGCCUCUGAAUAUUUAUCCUUCAUACAGUAUACAUGGAGGGUUUAAACCUUUGUUUCAAAUAUUGAGAUCAGACAAACAUUUUGAUGGCACACAAAUGCCUGCAAUGGCUGAAUGCUGGUGUAUUGUAGGAUCUGAGCUAAUCUCUUCUGUGAGGUCCCAUUGUGUGGUGUCACAGUAGCCUAGGAGUCAUUAAGACUGAACUCAUGAGACGGCAAAACUGGGAGGACAUCAUUACUAGGGAACCACUGAGAUGAGAAGCACGAGAACUACGCUCUUCUCCUUCUUCCCUAAUUAAACACUGAAUCCCAAGCUGCAACAGAAAUAGCGAGCCAGCAGGGGGUCCAUGCUUGUCCUAGUUCUGUAGGGUUUUUGUCUGGCUGGUGCACUGCUCCUGAUCACGUUGGGUAUGCAGGUUUUUCUUCCGGCCAAUUACUUUUUCAUGUCAUGUUAACAGCCUUUUGAUGUGUGACCUAGUUUUUCUGGUGUAAGACCUUUUAGAAACCAACAUGGUGUGUGGGGGGGAGGACUGACCAUGAGAACCGCAGCAAUAGAACAGAAAUGUAUUCAGAUUCCUUAAUAGGAACUUAGGUGGCACUUUACAUGACCCUUGCACAGCAAAUUCUCCAGUGUUAAAUUCAACACUGGUCUGGUGUCUAUAUGGGUCCACACUUUUCAGUAUUAAAUUAACACACUGCUUAGUGUAAGGCCUUAUUUGUAUAUUUCCCAGGGUGCCUUUCUGAUUCAUUGUUAUCAGAAAUUAAGUUACCACCCAUGAUUUGAUUUGUUAGUGACAGAGACAUGGUUGUUGCAGUCAUUUUUCUUUGUCCUGUUGCCUUCACCAAGUGAGAUACAUUUUUAUAUAUAUACAGUCCCAGUGUAUAUUUUUUUGGGGUGUUAUUUUACCCCGUUUUUCAAUCUUGUCUUAUCGCUGCAACUCCCCAACAUGCUCGGGAGGCGAAGGUCGAGUCAUGCAUCCUCUGAAACAUGUGUCGGAGGAAACCGCCAACUGACGACCGAGGUCAGCCUGCAGGCGCCUGGCCCACCACAAGGAGUCGCUAGAGAGUGUGAUGAGCCAAACCCUCCCCUAACCCAAUUGGGACUCCCGAUCACUGCUGGUUGUGACACAGCCUGGGAUUGAACCCAGGUCUGUAGUGACGCCUCUAGCACUGCAAUGCAGUGCCUUAGACCGCUGCGCCAGUCAGGAGGCCCAAUACAUCAUGAAUAAAUGGAAUUCUUCAACAGCUUUAUUUUUGAGGGUUUAGUUUUACCCUAAUACAGUGGCCUCAACCUCAUCAUUUUCAGGCCUGCAAGUCACAUUAUGAUGGCUUGCAAAGUGAAGUGUAAUUCCUAUUGGAAUCAAGCCAGAGUGGGGAUAUCCAGAGUUUGGAAUGUGUAUUCACCCACAACGUGCAUUCAGAAUGACUGCUGGUUGGGUAGAAGAAGACUACCUAAACUAUCUAAACAAGAAACAACCAUUUCAGUAACGAGUGCAAUAAGUCCAAGUAACUGAUUGGAUUAGUUUAAAAUGUUCUAUGCUAUUUAUAUUUCAGUAGCAUAAGAUUAAUAAAAAAUCAUAGAUAUUGAAACAAACAAUUAGAACAAUGAACCUGCAAUAAAGCAUGCUGGGAAAUAUUAUAAUAAUGCGCGUGGUUUUGGAUUAACACUGGUUAUUAACACCAACACUAGGGUUAUUUUACACCAGUGAGUGUUAAUUUAACACUUACAGAGUUAAUUUAACACUUGAAUCAACACUAGAAAUGUUAGACUGAAAUAUCAACUCAAGUUAACACUGGCCGAUUUGCUGUGGGAUUUUUCACUUUUUUAUUUGAAAUAAUCAUGACGUUCUUCCUCUUGCAGAGGCCUCUGGGCUCCAUGCCACAGGACCCUAAGUGGAUCUGGAGGGCCCUAUGCCAGGCGUUUGGACGUCCCCUCAUCAUCAGCAUCACCUUCCGCUUCCUGGCUGACCUGCUGGGCUUCGCUGGGCCCCUCUGUAUCUCUGGCAUCGUCCACCACAUCAGCAAAGAGAAUCCCACCAUACAGCCC